ACCACUAAUCAACAAGUUUUUUUGACAUGGAUAUUACAUAAAAACAUGUAUUAUAAUUUAAAUAUCUUACAGCUGAUUUCUUCUUUCUCAACCCUGUGUUGGGAUAAGAGGUAGGUAUGAGGUUAAUAUUGCAACAACACACAUCCUUAUCAUUUAUUAACAAUUUUGGUAAGAUGAAAAUUCCUCAUACUCAUGAAUAUUUAACUUUGAAUUUAGACACGCUUUUGUUUCCUUAUCACAGCAAACCAACCAUAGAACCGAUCAAUCUAAUACUCAUUAACAUGCCGCAUUAUCGUGCAUCGAACAUUUACCACAAAAAAUAUCAGUGUAUUCUUUCAAAAGUCCCACUCUUGUUCGUUAAAUUGCCAUUAAUCUUGGGCCCAACAAUUACGCCCUUCGUCGCGCUACAUGCCAUUUUACAAAACGAACCACUCGAACGCACUAACUAAUGAUUGAUGAAUGCUGAUGAUUGAUAGAUCCCGCUUGCAGUGCACAAUUUAAUUUGAGGCAUAGUGCAAUUCAAGCAAACGACGCGCAUACGCCUUCAGUUAACCACAUCAAUGUGUCACAAUUUCCAUCGAAAGAACUAAAUGCCUGUUUUGGCAGUGGUUCUGUAGUGCACGAGCUGUGCCCCUCCUUACCAGUGCGUCACUGGUAACAACUGUACAAAUAUUGAACUUUCCGAGAUGUUUUACCCCAUUUGUGUGAGCCUUUUCUUGCAAACGUUUUUGUUUUUGUUUGCUGCGGUAAAGUGUGUGUAAGUGUAGCAAGAAUAGGACUAACCAGCUAGUAGCUUAGUUAUGGUUUCUUUAUUUAGCAACUUCAAACGCCCACCUCAGUGAGCGCUCUAGUUAGGUUAGAUAAGCUGGAAUUAUUGAAGCUGAUUCUACAAUAUUGGAUAAGAAGGCUCCAAUGUUUCCUGCCUCGGCUGAUGCAAUGAAGUCCGUGAUCUGAGUCUGAUUCAACAAAGAUAAUGUGCCCACGAAAGUUUAGUCAGCGAUGCCAGAACUGGUUACAAUAAUGGCCUGGGUGAAACUAAACUAUAAAAGCAACAAAAUAAAUUGCGGUUGUGAAGUUUUUUUUAUAUUCAGUUUGGUUAGAUAAAAUUACUCUCCUCUGUUUUUUCACUACGUUAUUACUUUUUUUAUUCAUAAAAUACAUGCUUAAUUGCAAUCGCAUUUACCCUAAAAAAGAGAAAGCAAACGUAACGAUCGCAUUCAGUAUUGAUCCCUGUGCAGCCGUAUACACUCCCAAGGAAGUGUAUAAUUUUUAUUCGAUUUGAAUUAGUAAUCAACUUAAGUUUAUUUAUUCAUAGUCACUGAACAUGCAUUCCAUUUAUCCAUUGCAUUAAAAAGACCAAUCAGUUACUAGUUGUCCAUCUUAAGCUAUAGUUGCUUUCAAGUGAACAAUGGUUACUAAAGUGAUUCCAUUCUCCAACUCUGAUCAAGAUGAUGUGACCGUACCGUCGAAAUGGAAAAUCUUUAAACUACAGCGUAUGAUUCUGCUUAUCUUCGGAUGCUGGCCGUCAGAUCGUUUAGGACGUCCUUGGUAUAUGAAGGCUCUUGCCGCCAUUAAUCUACUAACGCUUGCGGUGUGCAUUGCGGGUGAAUCACUCUAUGGUGUCUACUCUUACCGGAAUGGUCGCUUAAAUGAAGCUAUCGAAAGCAUUUGUCCAACCGCAUCUCGUCUCUCCGGAUUCUUACGCAUGAGUUUCAUGCUAAGCAACAAGCAAAAAAUCGUGAACGUUCUUAACAGGAUCAGCAACAUCAUUCAAAGUAAGUAAAUUUUCUACGGCGUUGUUGGCUUCCUUACCUCAAGCUUGUCCCAAGAUCUUGUGAUUUGGAGAACCAAAUCACAUUACUCCAUUAGUGUUUGCAUAUUUCAAGACAAAGUGAACAAAAAAACUAUCACCAAACACCAAAUGUUCAUAAAUCGUUUGCUUAUGAUCUUUAUUCUACUGAGCAGAUCAGCAUCCACGUGAAAAUAGUGGUACUACACGGUUAAUGUUACUCGGACAACAGUUUACGAAAUAUAUGUUGUAUGCAAGUGUCGGUACCGCCGUAUCAUACGGUAUUAUACCGUACAUCAUCAUGGCCUACAGUUGGUUUCAAGGUCAAUAUCCUCUCCCAAAGCUUCUACCAUUUAAACUAUUGUAAGCACAGAGACGCAUUACCGUCUAACGUAUAAUCAAAUAAUAUAAACAGCUUUUUUCCACAGGCUACCAUUUGAUUCGCAAGAUCCGGUCUUGUUUACAUUAUCAACCAUAUUUCUUAAUUAUGCCUCAAUUUCUACCGUUACCUCGAUGUUGGGCGAUGUUACACUGUUCACCGGGAUCUGCCUGUACAUUUCCGGUCAGUUUCAGGCCAUCAAGUUGGAAAUGGAAGCUAUUUCAGCGACACUCGACAAUAACUCCGUGAAGAGCUCCGCUUCCGAAACUCGACGUGUAAAUCUCGAACUAAGGCGCAUCUGUAAACGACACGAAGAUAUCAUUGAUUUGGUGGCAGACACUCGCAGUGCCUUUACGCCUAACAUUUUAAUCGUUUACAUCUUCGCAUCUAUCAUGCUAUGUGUUGUUUGUGUUGCAGUAUUUGCAGUAAGUAUGUACCUAAUUCUAAAGGGACUUUCUUUGACACAUGAGUUGUAUUCGCUACAGGUCGAAGGAAUCUAUAAACUCAUCUACAUUCCUUACACGAUGUCUGUACUCACGGUUCUGUAUUUUUACUCGUACAGUGGUACGGUCAUCUCCUAUUCGAGCGAUUCCGUACAAACGAUGGCGUACGAUUUCCCUUGGUAUCGAUUCGACCGCAACACUCGUCAUCUUAUUCAAAUGAUGAUGAUUAGAGCUCAAUACGGAUCUAACGUUGACGUGCCAUUCUUCGAAACAUCCUUGGCCAGCUUUUCGACAAUCGUUCGUACAGCUUCUUCAUACAUUACCUUAAUGAAAUCCUUCUUGUAAUUCCACACCAAACAACCAGCGUUUUCAAAUUUCAUCAAUAUUCAUGGGCUAUAAAUAAUCCUCAACUUUUUUUUGCAGUACGAGGUCAACU